AUGCCGAGUGGAGUGUGCAGCCGGCUCUCCUCAGCGCUGCGGCGGACAUGCGCACAGCCGCCCGCGGUCUCCCAGAGGUGUGUGCACGCGUCGGUGUCGCGGCCGUCCUCAGACCAGAGCGAGAGGACAAGGGAACCGCCCCGCGCCUUCGACCCAGCACUGCUGGAGUUCCUGGUGUGCCCAUUCUCCAAGAAGCCGCUCCGAUAUGAAGCAUCGCCAAAUGAGUUAAUUAACGAAGAGUUAGAAAUAGCCUAUCCAAUUAUCGAUGGGAUUCCUAAUAUGAUACCACAGGCAGCUAGGAUGACACAUCAAAAUAAGAAGCAAGAAGAAAUGGAGCAGCAGUAGCUCAUACUUGAAAACGACAACACACACAACUAAAUUUUCUAAAUACCACCCACCUUUUAAAAAGUCAGAGUGGGGCUUCCCUGGUGGUGCAGUGGUUGAGAGUCCGCCUGUCGAUGCAGGGCACACGGGUUCGUGCCCCGGUCCGGGAAGAUCCCACAUGCCGCGGAGCGGCUGGGCCCGUGAGCCAUGGCCGCUGAGCCUGCGCGUCCGGAGCCUGUGCUCCGCAACGGGAGAGGCCACAACAGUGAGAGGCCCGCGUACCGCAAAAAAAAAAAAAAAAAAAAAAAAAAAAAAAAGCAA